GGGUGCGACGAUGUACAGCGGUCACUGGAGCUCCUCGAUCAAGUGCUAAGUGAGUACGACGAAGGAGGUGAGCUGCCAUCGCUGGAGGCGCGCGCGCCGCCUCCCGCGAAUUCCGCCACCCCGGCCACACCAGCUACUCCGGCAACGCCCGCCACGGAUGACGACUCGCCACUCGCCGGCCACACCUCCGAAGACGAUGGAUAUAUGAGCAUGAACGGCAGAAGAGCGAAGUUCGCACUGGGCUUCCGUCCCACGGAGGAACACGAGGAGCCCUCACCUCCGGACCCGCCGUCGCCUCACUCGCCUCCGCCGCCAGAGGAAGCACAACGUAUCAUUUCUACACUCUUACCUAAAGUGUCUCCGGCGAAUUCUGCAAAACGAACAACAUCAUUCGAACAAAGGACCGCAGAAGAGAAGUUAGACUCAAUAAUAAGUGUUAAUGGAAUUACAACAGCAACGCAAACCACUUUCCCAAAAACAAGGCAUCAACGACCAUACGGCUGGGAAAAAGACGACGACACAAAUGGGUUCCGUUUACAACAACCGCCAGUGACAGCGUAUAGAUUUGCAUCUCUCCAACACGGCGCGCGGCCGCCUCCAUCUGAAGAACCGUCAUGGCUGCCACCACGGCCUCCUACGAAUCAGAAAAUAUCACCUAGCAUGGAGAAACCUCCUGUGUUCCCCUUCAUGGGCUUCUCGGGCGAAUUUAAUGAUAAGCCAUAUAAUGAACAUCCAGUUACGAUAUACCCUGGACCAAAUAUUCAAUACAAUAAACAAUCGCACUCACCUACAUAUAAUGUACAAAAAAUCUCGCCCUCUAACACUAAAAAGGGCAAUAUGAAACGCGACAGCCGAUCGGACGGUGACAUGCUGUCGCCUAAAUCUAAAAUACCUCCGCGGACUCUCGCUGGUUCUAUGGAGAGGCAUAGAGAAGUGUGUAGAGGAUCUACGGAGGAUGUGAUGGAGGGUAAAAUUAAAGGGGACGACGAGGAACAUUUUUCUGAUGACUCGCUGGAGGAAUCCUUACCGCCACCACCCCCAACAACGACAACGCCUUCGAAACGUAAUUCCAUUGCUUGGGAAGUGUCACUCGAUGGCGACGAUCCUCUACUUACUCCUGGAAGUACUAAGGUAAUUGGUAGACGAAGAAGAAAAUCUGGCGACCAGUCAAAUUCCAGUACUAGUUCGAUACCACAAAGAGUGGAAGACGACUGGGGUGAUGACUACUGGCCUCCCCCUCCACCUAUUGCACAAUGUGAACCACUCGCCUCACCUACCUCUGAUGCUGAAUACGAAGCUAGAAGGGCUCAAGAUUUGGCUUGUGGUACAUAUGUAAUACGGAAAGGAAAGAGCCGCAAACAGUUACCGAGUUUCAACAAAACUUCAAACAAUAAACCGUUAAAUACUAACCAUCUUAGUCAUAGUCACAGUCUGAAUAGAAGUUUAGAUACAGAUAAAUCAAUAGAUGGCUCUAGUAUAUCUAUAAGCGGCUCAGGGUCCGUAGGUUCAUAUAACUCGAGAAUCAGUUCGGAUCUCAGUUUGCCUCAAUCUCGUUAUAGUGUAGAUUUAAAUUCGAGAUUAAGUCGAGAACUCAACACGCCGAAUUCUAGAUAUAGUAUAGAUCUUUGCACCCCGAAUUCUAGACUGAGCAAAGAAAUCACAUCGCCCAAGUCCAGACUUAGCUUGGACCUUAAUAAUGGACAAGAUAGAUACAUAACACAAGAAUAUUUUGGUCAUAGUCCUAAAAGUAGAAAAGUAAUUAGUGAUAAGAAUGCUAUUACGAAAAAUAGUAUUGUACAGAACAAACUGUCUCCUCAAAAUAGAUUUACAGAUUUCAAAAAGUAUUCUUCCACUUUUGAUAACAUACAAUCUUUAAUAAAAGAAGGUAAAGUAGAGGAAGCACCACAACAAGAGUGCAAUGAGACUGUUAAUGAACUGAAUAUGGUGCCUCCGAACAUGGUGAGAGUAGUUUCGUUACCAAGUUUAGGUGUUGAUGGCGAGAGUAAUAGUGCAAGUCGACAAGCACUCAUUACAACGGUUGAAGAAGAAGAGGACCAGGAGAGUGGCGAACCGGAUUCCAGUGGAGAAACGUCUCCAUUACGAAAAAUCGAAAACAAUAUUAGCGCUAUACUAAGUCAAGGACGGGACCAAAAACACUUUACCCCUUAUAUACCUAAAGACUGGAAUAUUCAUAAGGAUGAAUACUGUGAUGAAGUAUCUAAGGAUAUAUUAGAUAACAAUUUCCGUUAUAGUUCUAGGGAAAGACAAAAGAGACAUGAUAUACAGAAAUCAUCGAGUCAUAAUGAAAUACAAAACCAGAGAUCUAUAGAACGUCGUGAACGCUCGUCCUCAGGGAGAAGGUCAAAUAGUAUGCACAAAUCGACUAGUGCGAAAGAUGUGCCUGUCAAUCUAAUGCGGCAACCAUCUUCAUCUGACUCCGCUGUUUCGAGUGGCGGUGAUUUCCCUCUUAACGUUCAAAUAGUUGAGCAUUCGUAUAGACAUCAUCCACUUCCACCUUCGCCUAAUAUGGGUCACGAUAUGGGACCAUUACCACAGACACCUGAGUCACCAAAGUUCCCUCCUCUACCACCAUCGCCAGUUCAAGAAGUUGAAGAUGAAUACACAGAAAUCAUGCAACCAUCAGAGAAACGUCUGGGAAAGAAAUCUGAUACAUUAGCGACGCCUACAAUGGAACUCAGAAGAAGGCCUUCGGAACCCCCAGCUGUGCCACCACACCGAGACACAACAAAUAGCUUAAAAACGAGGUCAAUGGAAACCAGCUAUAACAAAAACAGAAGAAGUAGUAGUAAUUUCAAAAGUGGGUCUACGGAUAGAAGAACCUUACCUACAGAUAUUGGUGCGAGUGGUGCUAGAAGACGCACGCUACAGAGACAGAACCGCGACGCCGCGGCAGGUGGACGCGGCCCGCUGCAGACGUCCGCUAGUCUACCAGAAACGCCGGUGUUCGCACGUGGCUGCGAUGUACCAAGGACUCCGCCUAGAAACUCCACGGGACCACCGAGAAACAAUACUAUGAACUCUAUACAAUCAAUAGGAAGCAGUGUGACCCUUGGUGGUUACGGUCGAGGUUCAGUGAUGGGCGCGACGGGAGUGUGCACCGGGGCUGACUUGUUGAGGCUCGGUGGACCACCUCGCGGCUGGUACCCUCGUCAGAGACACAGGCCUGCUUCCAUCGAACACCUGGAUAGGCUGUCGACCUCGAAGACCACGGUAGAACUGCCCCCUCCGUGGGAGGGUCCUGGGGCCCGCAAGCCCCUGACGCUGCCCCCCAACCUCACCCCCAAGUUCUUCCAGAAAUCACCGAGGGAAGCUCUUCGCAGAGUGACAAGCUUACUAAUACGGAAAGGGAACAAUGGGAAGGAGAAAGAAAAUGCUCGAAGCAAGGAGGCCACAUCACCUGCAGCUCGAUCCGCCAAUGGAGAUGAUCAUCCCGGUCAGAAACAACGCAAAGGAUUCUUCAGAAGCUUAUGGAAAAAGUCUCGUCAUUAUUCAUUAGAACACCCGUGA